GCCUGUGCUCGUCGGACAUUGGCCUAUGGGCACGACAGUACAAAACUUGUGGCAUUAUUACCAGAUGUACAAGGCUAAAAACUUCGUCAUGUAUGACCAUGGUGCCAAGGAAAAUCUCCAGCGGUAUGGCCAGGAGGCGCCCCCUGCUUAUCCCCUGGAACGUAUCUCCACUCGAUUCGCUCUGUUCUCAUCGGAAGGAGACGUAAUGGCUGACAAACAGGACGUGGCGGACUUGAUCUCCAGACUCGGAUCGAACGUAAUUCUCCACCACGUGGUUCCAGAGAAAACGUUUGGCCACGUGGACUUCGCCAUAGGAUACAACGCAAACAAAUUCCUGCACAAUGUUUCCAUGGAUCUUAUCGAACGGUACGCGACACAGAUGUAUUAAAAGGUGUAUAAUGGUCACUACCGCAUGUCACCUACUCAUUUCUGCAAGACCCGCCAAAACACUCAUUGCGACUAGAUUAGUUCUAAAGCAAUCCGCGAAGCUUUAAGUCGUGUUAACGCUUACAAACAUUCCCUUUUUCCGUCAGCUAUCUCCCACUGGAAUACCUUACCUAAUGAUAGUGUGUGUUGUAAUACGAUUGACUCGUUCAUGAAACUCAUACAGCGUGUCAAACU